GAGAGACGGACAUUAAAUCUGCGUCCAUCUGAUGGUUUAAUGUCGAAAAUCCGCGCGUCUGUUCAUCUGUGUGUGUGUUAGUGUGUGUGUGAAGGUGUGGGGCCGAGAAUUAGUGCGGAUACACACUGUGUGUAAAGAUGGCGCCGCUUAAGAAAGGAGGUGAGAAGAAGAAGGGGCGGUCCGCCAUUAACGAGGUGGUGACUCGGGAAUACACCAUUAAUGUCCACAAGCGGAUCCACGGCAUCUCAUUCAAGAAGCGAGCACCUCGUGCCAUCAAGGAGAUCCGCAAGUUUGCUAUGAAGGAGAUGGGCACGCCCGACGUCCGCAUCGACACCCGUCUGAACAAGGCCGUGUGGGCGAAGGGAGUCAGGAACGUCCCCUACCGCAUGCGCGUGCGUUUGUCCAGGAAACGUAACGAAGACGAAGAUUCACCCAACAAGCUGUACACGCUCGUCACGUACGUCCCGGUCACCACAUACAAAGGUCUCCAGACCGUCAAUGUGGAUGAAAACUAAUGUACGUCUCAUAAACUUGUAAUAAAAUUC